GCCGUGUGCGGCGGCGACGCCCGCUCCGCGCGGCUGGCGGCGGCCGGCGCGGCGCGCGCGGCCCUGCCGCUACUGCUGGUGGACCACGCGCCCGCCGACGCCACCUGGGAGGCCAUUGAGCUAUACCCGCAUCCUGAAGUGCUGGCCCAGGCGUGUGCAGAACUGUGCGAGGCGAAGGGCUGGGAGCGGGCCGUGCUGCUGCAUGAGGGCAGUGCCAGCGGCGCCGCGCUGCUCACCGCCGGCGACCGCCCGCUGGCGCUGCUGGCGCGCCAGCUGCCGCCCAGCCAGGACGAUGCGCUGCUCAGAAAUUUAUUACUGGUGCUGAAAAAGUCUGGUUUGACGAACUUCAUUGUUUGGUGCAACGCAGAGUGUUCUGUGCGAGUGUUGGACGCAGCGCAGCGCGUGGGCCUGCUGGGCGAGAGGCACUCGUACAUCAUGCUGUCGCUGGACCUGCACACGCAGCCGCUCGAGAACUACAGCCACGGCGGCGCCAACGUGACCGGCUUGCGGCUGUUCGACCCGGAGUCCGAGGAGGUGGUGCUCGUGAUGCAGCAGUGGCGGCGCAUGUACGCGGCGCGGCUGCGGGGCGCGGGCGGCGGGGACGAGGACGAGCCGCUCGAGGCGGCGGAGACAGCGCGCGCGCCGCCCACCGCGCUGCUGCUGGCGCAUCUGGGCACGCAGCUGGCGGCCGAGGCCUGGAGGCGUCUGGAGCUGCCUGCCGCCGCGCCGGCCAACUGCGACGAGGGCGCGGGGGCCUUCCAUGCUGACACCUUGCUGAACUACCUGCGCUCGGAGGAGUGGAACAGCGAGGACGGUGUGGGGCGGCUGCUGGGCGGCGCGGUGACGUGGGAGCCUGACGGCGGGCGGCGCGAGGUGCAGCUGGAGGUGGUGGAGCUGGCGCGCGGCGGGCGGCUGGAGCGCGCCGGGCUGUGGGCGCCGCGCGCGGGCCUGAGCUGGACGCGCCGCGCCGCGCCCGCCGCCGCGCCGCCACCGGACUCCAUGACCAACCGCACCUUCACCGUGCUCAUAGCGCAGAACAAGCCGUAUGUCAUGAUGCAGGAAUCUAUGGACCGACUGUCAGGCAACGAUCGCUACGAAGGAUUCUGCAUCGAGCUGAUUGACCGGCUGGCCAAACUGCUGCAGUUCAACUACACGUUCGUGGAGCAGGAGGACGGCGUGUACGGCAACCUAGACCUGAAGACGGGCAAGUGGAACGGCAUGCUGGGCCGCCUCAUGGAGGACGAGGGCAUCGACUUCGCGAUCACGGACCUCACCAUCACGGCAGAGCGCGAGCGCGCCGUAGACUUCACCACGCCCUUCAUGAACCUCGGCAUCAGCAUCUUGUUCCGCACGCCCAAGCAACCCGAGCCGAAGCUCUUCGCAUUUCUGCUGCCCUUCUCCAAUGGAGUGUGGCUGUGCCUGGGCUUUGCGUACCUGGGCACGUCGCUGUUGCUGUACGUGGUGGGGCGACUGUGCCACGAGGAGUGGCAGAACCCCUACCCCUGCAUCGACGACCCGCCCGCGCUGGAGAACCAGUUCACACUGGCUAACGCGCUCUGGUUCAACCUCGGCGCGGUGCUGCUGCAAGGCUCCGAGAUUGCUCCCGUGGCGUACAGCACGCGCGCCGUGGCCAGCGUGUGGUGGGUGUUCGCGCUGGUCAUCACCAGCUCGUACACGGCUAACCUGGCCACGCUGCUGGCCAAGAAGUCCUCGGACCAGGUCAUUAGCUCCGUGCAGGACCUGGCUGACAACCAGGUCGGCAUCGAGUACGGCGCCAAGGCCGGAGGCUCCACCUACACCUUUUUUGAGCACUCGCAGGACGAGCUGUACCAGCGCAUGUUCGAGCACAUGAAGACGCAGAAGAUGCCGGCCAGCAACCCCGAUGGCAUCGCUAAAGUGAAGAGUGAGAACUAUGCGUUCCUCAUGGAGUCCACAACCAUCGAUUAUGAGACGGAGCGUAACUGUGACGUCACCAAGGUGGGGUCGCUGCUCGACAGCAAGGGCUAUGGGAUUGCCAUGAAGAAAGAUUCCCAGUUCCGGCAAGCGCUGAACUUGGGUCUGCUGAACCUACAGGAGGCGGGCGCGCUGCGCGACAUGCAGCAGACGUGGUGGAAGGAGAAGCACGGCGGAGGAGCCUGCAAGCCGGAAGAGGAUCACGAGAGUGAGGAGCUGUCGAUGAGAAACUUCCUGGGCUUGUGGCUGGUGCUGGUGGUGGGCAGCGCGCUGGGCAUCGUGCUGUCGUGCUGCGACCUGGCGUGGACGGCGGCCAAGCGCGCGCGCGCCCAGCACGAGAGCUUCUUCUCGCGCUACUGGGCCGAGUUGCGGUUUGUUUUCCGCUUCGAGCAGUCGACGAAACCACUACAGGGCCCCUUGAGCGGAUCGUCGAGCGAGUCUUCGAAGUCAGCCGAGUCGGAGCCAUCAGCGCGGACGGCGCAGUCGGCGCGGUCGGGGAGCGCGGCCGGGUCGGCCGGGGGCGCGGGGGGCGCGGGGGGCGCGGCGGGCGCCGGGCUGGCGGAGCGCGGCGGGGCGCGGCGGCGGCGCUCGUCCAUGCACGCGGCCAGCCUGCGGCUCGCGCGCCACACCAACCGGGACUCCAGCUCGCCGCGCCGCUAG